AAAUUAAUCACCGGGGAAGGAAUAUUCACGUGCGAACAAUUACAAGUACACCUCCAACGUCCGACGUCACCGAUGAGCGACUAUAUAUCGUUAAGUUUAUCUCGCGCGCCUCACACUCCUGCACAGUCAAUCCUGCGGGGAACACCGUAUGAUAUAAGAACAGUUAUCCGACGAUUAGAUUAGAAAAUUACGAUUCCGUCUCGCCUCCGUUGGCAGCGUGACACGAGAUUCGGAGACCGGUCGGUACGCGCGCCACAAUAACUCCUCGAAAUAGGGCAACGGGUGAAAGUAAACUCGAUGAAGGUGGUGCACAAAUAAAAAAUAAUCGAGAAAAACAUAUCGCAGUCUCCGGCUCUCAGUCUCUUCGAGCGCGUUGUCUGGGUACCAUGUGCCAUUGAUCACACCACCAUCAUUCCUGCGAAGAUGAUACAGAUAUAGUGCUUUACGCCGAACAAGAUCUUGUUCUGUCACCGAUUGACGUUUGUGUUUUUGGAUUUUGAUUAUUUUUAUUUUAGUAAAAUUUUAGUGAAAUGUUCCAAUCAUGGACCGGUUUAGGAUUAUUUGUGGUGUUGCUUGCGAAUAGUGCCCUCAGUUUAGAGAAUGGACUGGCCAGGACGCCACCCAUGGGGUGGCUGGCUUGGGAGCGUUUCCGAUGCAACACCGACUGCAAAAACGAUCCGGAAAACUGUAUAAGUGAAAACUUAUUCAGGACGAUGACUGACAUCGUGGUGAACGAAGGAUAUGCAGCAGUCGGAUACGAAUACAUCAACGUGGACGAUUGCUGGUUGGAAAGGGAGAGAAACGCUUACGGACAAUUAGUACCUGAUAGGACAAGAUUCCCCAGAGGAAUGAAAUCAUUAGCAAAUUAUAUUCACUCCAAAGGUCUGAAGUUCGGCAUCUACGAGGACUUCGGAAACUACACGUGUGCAGGUUACCCAGGUGUGUUGGGCUCGUUGCAAAUCGACGCCGACACCUUCGCCUCUUGGGACGUCGACUACGUUAAGCUGGACGGCUGUUACGCCCAUCCGUCCGAAAUGGACCGGGGAUACCCCGAGUUCGGUUACUUCCUGAAUCGAACCGGCCGGCCCAUGAUCUACUCCUGCAGCUGGCCUGUUUACCAGAUCUACGCGGGGAUGCAGCCCAAUUUCAGCUCCAUCAUCCAGCACUGCAACAUGUGGAGGAACUUCGACGACAUUCAGGACUCUUGGGCCAGUGUAGAGAGUAUUAUCGACUACUAUGGUAACAAUCAGGACGUUAUCGUGCCCAACGCCGGACCGGGGCAUUGGAACGAUCCGGACAUGUUAAUUAUCGGUAAUUUUGGCCUGAGUUACGAGCAAAGCAAGACCCAGAUGGCAAUUUGGGCAAUUCUGGCAGCCCCACUUUUGAUGUCGGUGGAUCUUCGUACGAUCAGGCCAGAAUAUAAGGCUAUUCUUCAAAAUAAGAAGAUCAUUGCUGUGGAUCAGGAUCCUUUGGGAAUUCAGGGCAGAAGGAUAUACAAGCAUAAAGGCAUCGAGAUCUGGUCCAGGCCCAUUACGCCGUUGUACCAGAACUACUUUUCCUAUGCUAUAGCUUUUGUAAAUAGAAGGACGGAUGGUACUCCGUCUGAUGUGGCUGUUACUUUGAAGGAACUCGGACUUACCUCGCCUACUGGUUAUAGAGUCGAAGAUUUGUACGAAGACGUGGAUUACGGUAUAUUAUCGUCGCAGACCAAAAUCAAAGUGAAAGUAAAUCCUUCAGGUGUUGUGAUAUUGAGAGCUGACGUACAAGCCGACUACAACCGAAGAGUUCCUUAUUACACAACACAAAGAACUGUUUUUAAUCCGUUAAAUCAAGUGUUCAGAGUGCGUAAUAACGGAUUUUAGUUUCGUGAUUUUUUUGUAUCGUUCGAUUAGUAAAAUAAAACAAAUAAAUUAUUAAUUUAGUUGUUUAGGUACAGGUUGUAUUAUAUUUUUACAGUUUUAAUUUAAUUUUAUAUAUAAAAACAAAGUGAAAUAUAUUUUGUUAAUCCAGAA